AUGACCACUAAAAAUAAUUACAUCGUGAAUGAUAGCAACGGCCAGAAUUCACUAACACACGAUAACAACAAUGAAGUUUUCACGAUUACCCAAAGUAAACCGAAGACAAAAGAGGAAAAAAGAAUGGAUUUUGACGAGCUGCUGCCUUACGUAGGAGAGUUUGGGCUGUAUCAAAAAAUUUUGUUUUUGCUAAUGAUACCAUUCGCUUCGUUUGUCGCGUGGGUUUACUUUACACAAAUAUUCAUUACACUAGUGCCGGGCGAGCAUUGGUGUAAAGUCCCUGGCUUAGAGAACCUUACCAUUGAUCAGAGAAUAGCAUUAGCAAUACCACCGGCAGGAAUUUACGACAAUGCCGGUGCAUCAGGACACUCACGUUGCUCUAUGUACAAAGUUAAUUUCACUCAGAUUUUGAUAAACCGCACUACAAUCAUUCCCAUCGCUGAUCCUUCCUGGCCAGUUCAAAAGUGUCAGUACGGUUGGGAAUAUAAUUUCACUGAAAUUCCUUAUGAAACUGUUGCAACAGAGAACAACUGGGUAUGUGACGAUGGAGCACUCCCGACAUAUGCUCAGAGUAUAUUCUUUAUUGGAGCAAUAUGGGGUGGUUUACUUUUCGGCUUUAUCGCCGACAAGUACGGCCGAAUUCCCGCAUUAGUAGGAGCAAACGUUAUCGGGUGUAUCGCCGGGAUAGCAACUGCCUUUUCUAAUAACUUUUGGGAGUUCGCAGCAUGUCGUUUUUUCUUAGGUUUUGCAUUCGAUAACUGCUUCACCAUGAUGUACAUUUUAGUUCUUGAGUACGUGGGACCGAAAUGGCGUACCUUUGUGGCAAACAUGUCAAUAGCAUUGUUCUUCACGACCGCAGCGUGCGUUCUUCCAUGGAUCGCAUACUAUCUAGCAAACUGGCGUAUGACCACUAUUGUUUUAUCCAUUCCACUUGCACUUUCUGUAGCAACGCCCUGGCUGGUACCCGAGAGUGCAAGGUGGCUCGUCAGUCAAGGACAAAUAGAUCGCGCUAUUCAUAUUCUAAAAAAAUUCGAAAGAAUUAACGGUACCCAGGUUCCCGAUAACGUUUACAAAUAUUUCAAAGAAAGUUGUGAGCAAGAACUUUCAAUUGAAGACACCAAUAAAACGUACUCGGUAAUCGAUCUGUUCAAAAGCCCUCGUUUACGGAAGAUAGUAUUGCUACUAAUUGUAAUUUGGAUGGCAAUAUCUCUGGUGUUUGAUGGUCACGUACGUAACGUCGACAAUCUUGGCUUAAAUGUAUUUAUCACAUUCACAAUAGCCUCGGCAACAGAAAUGCCAGCUGAUACAUUACUGACAUUAUUACUCGAUCGGUGGGGACGACGUUGGCUUGCAUUCGGCUCAAUGGCUGUGUCUGGAAUCUUCAGCCUUGGAGCCUGUGCAGUUUCGAGCCGUAUUUAUGCUGCAUCACUAGCGAUAGUUGGAAGAUUUUUUGUGAACAUAUCCUACAACAUCGGACUACAAUACGCGGCUGAAUUAUUACCAACCGUUGUACGUGCCCAGGGCAUGGCACUUAUUCAUAUAAUGGGAUAUGUUGCCAGUAUCAUAGCGCCUUUCAUCGUUUAUCUUGCUGUAAUAUCACCGGAAUUACCUCUACUUCUAUUAGGGAUUCUGGGUAUCAUCGGUGGAGCGCUGGCUCUAUUUCUUCCCGAGACACUUGAUCAAGAAUUACCGCAGACUUUGCUGGAUGGUGAAGACUUUGGAAAAAAUCAAGGCCUCUGGGAUAUGCCUUGCAUGAUGAAGAAAGCUGACCACGAGCAAAGGCCAGAAUUCAUCAGGUCCUACAGAGCAGACAGUAUCCGCAGUUCUGGACGGUUGUCACUUCGCGGUGAAGUACUUAGGAGUAGCAUGAUUCAAAGAUCUAGCGUGAGGUCACGAAAAAAUUCCUCGGCGCCUGUCGAGAUUAAAAUCCAAGAUACGAUCCAGAUUAACAAGCCGGCAAUUAUGAAGGAACACUUGAAGACACGUAGCUACGAUAUGGAACUAAGUGAACGUACGGCUCUUAGACAGAAAUUUGAGUCUAUUGACGAUAUUCUACCUCACGUAGGAAAUUUUGGAAAAUACCAGCUCUAUUUAUUGCUCGCGCUCUUUCCUUAUGGGCUUAUUUAUUCGAAUUUGUAUUUUUCGACGUUUUUUUUGACACUCGUACCACAGGAAUACUGGUGUUAUGUUCCGGAAUUGCAGGAUUUAAACCUCACUGCCGAAGAACGAAUAAAAGUGGCGAUACCCGCAACGGAUACGUUUCCUUACUACGACAAGUGCAAUAGGAAGGAUUUAAACUUCCGUGAAUUGAUCCAGUACAACAAAAAUCCGAAUUCACCGGCAUGGAAAACAGACAAAAAGGUCAAAUGUGAAAAAUGGGAGUACAAUUUAACACAAGUUCCCUACUUGACAAUCAGCAGCGAGCUAGAUUGGGUAUGCGAUAAAGAAUACUUGAUAUCGAGUUCGCAAGCUAUUUUCUUCUGCGGCUCAAUACUCGGCUCAUUUAUAUUUGGAUGGAUUGCUGAUCACAAAGGACGGAUACCGGCGUUGGUUAUCAGCUGCUUGGUAUCUGGUGUUGGAACUGUCGCCACGGCUUGGUCCAACAAUUUUUGGACCUUUGCGCUUUGCCGUUUUUUUACUGGACUUGCGUUCGAUAACUGCAUUAAUAUACCACUAAUUAUUGUUGUUGAAUACAUGGCAAUAAAUAGACGGACAAUAGUAUUUAACAUCGCAUUUGGAAUUCAUUUCGCAAUUGGUAGUACUGUACUGCCCUGGGUGGCUUAUUAUGUUAGUGACUGGAGACAUUUCGCCUACAUUGUUGCUAUUCCGAUGAUUGUUGGAUUAUUCACACCGUGGAUUCUCCCGGAAAGUGCACGAUGGUACGCAUCCACAGAGCAAUGGGAAAAGGUUGUUGAAAAUUUGAAAAACGUCGCCCGCGUGAACGGAAAAAAUCCCGAUCCCAGAAUUUACGACGCUUUCAUUAGAAAUACCGGAGACAUUAAUAAUCGCGUCGAGUCUGCAACAUUAUUUGACCUAUUUAAAACACCACGACUGGCUAGGACUACAAUCCUCUUAAUUUCUUUUUGGUAA